UGUAAAUCACAUCACAUGUAGUGAUCGCUUGAUUAUUGAGGUUUUAUUUACAAUUAAAGACAAUUUAGUGUACAAUUAGUGCCAAAAAUGGUCCGUAAGCUAAAACAUGUGGAGAGAAAACUGCUCCGGAAAGUGGAUUUCAUCGAUUGGCCCACAAAUAAUGUCAAAGAGUUGGCGAUUAUGAAGAGAUUUGGUAUCGAAAGACACGACUAUACCAUAUAUAAUAAGAUGUGUCACAAGAUAUGGAAAUUGUCUGAAACGGUGGCCGCACUGCCCGUCAACGACGGCUUCCGCAACGAGUCCUCCCAACAGCUGAUGGAGAAGUUGUAUUCAAUCGGUUUAAUCAAAACAAAACGCCUCAAGAAAUGCAAUUCAGUUAAUGUGAAGGCGUUUUGUCGCCGAAGACUUCCCGUAUAUAUGAUUCAGUCGGGAAUGUUUUCCGGACCCCUCUCUAUGGCCGGUACGGCGUUUUGUCGCCGAAGACUUCCCGUAUAUAUGAUUCAGUCGGGAAUGUUUUCCGGACCCCUCUCUAUGGCCGUGAAAUACGUAAAACACGGUCACAUUAGGGUCGGACCAAAUGUGGUGACAGAUCCGGCAUUUCUGGUCACCAGAACUCACGAAGACUUCAUUUCAUGGACCGAUAACUUGAGGACAAAAAUAGAUACUUAUAAUGACAAUAGAGAUGACUAUAAAGACUAAAUCACUUGAAAUUGUAUUUUUUCAAUAAAAAAUAAUUUAUAUUUAUUUUAUAAUAAAUAACUUUAAAUU